UAAAUGUGGAAACCCCUUCUCUUCCAUUUUUUUUCCCGGUUCCAAAUUAUCGGCUACCGUAUCCUUCGAUUCCGGUCCUGCUGUCCGAAGCUUCUUUCAACACAAAAUUUGCUAAUCCACGGCGCGUGAAUUCUAUCUCAAAAUUUCUUCUGCUCAAAAUCCCUAAUUUUUUUUUUCGUCCAACCCAAAACCUGGAUUUACAACUAAGCAAUCCUUAAUCUGUUUUUUUUUCCCUUUACAAAGUUUGUUGCUUUUCGAAUCAGAUUUUUUGGGUUAUAUCUUUGGGAAUUUCCACUUGAAAUGCCGCCAUUUUCGUCAGCUUCGAAGGUAAUAGGAUCCUUACUCUCGCGCAGAAACCGUAUAAGGCACCUGGUUAGGCUCGUUGAGAACGGUGGGCAGUCACGGACAUGGCAUCAGCUUCGGUGCUUCAGCGGUAUCGAAACUCCAUUGGUGGGCCGCAGUCGAGUGGGCGUGUUUACUCUGAACCCGAUUUCGUACCAUGCUAGUACUGUUCAAAGAAGGAGGUUUCUUGGUUGCGGCGACGGGGAAGAGGGCGGUGUUCUAUCCAAAAUUUAUGAGGAGAAGCGCGUUUUAGGGUACUCUCCUGAGCAGCUAUAUAAUGUUGUUGCUGCUGUUGAUUUGUAUCACGAUUUUCUCCCCUGGUGUCAGCGUUCUGAUAUACUUAAACAAUAUCCUGAUGGAUCUUUUGAUGCUGAACUGGAGAUAGGCUUUAAAUUUUUUGUUGAGAGUUAUGUGUCUCAUGUAGAAUUAGUCAAGCCAAAGAGGAUAAAGACAACUGCUUCAGAUACUACACUUUUUGACCACUUGAUUAACAUCUGGGAAUUCAACCCUGGGCCAGUUCCAGGAACUUGCAGCGUUUACUUCUUGGUAGAUUUUAAGUUUCAGUCACCACUUUAUCGACAGGUAGCAUCCAUGUUUUUUAAGGAUGUGGUUUCUAGAUUGGUUGGUUCAUUCAAUGAGCGAUGCCGAGUAAUAUAUGGACCAGCUGCCCGAGUUCUUGAAAAUUCCUAUGAGCAUGGCGUCUGAGAGUUCACAAAUAUCAGGUAGUUUUUCUUUUGCAUUCUACCUGGUAGCCUUUGAAGCUAUACUGAUGCUGUUUCACAGUUGAAAGACAUGGUAACUCAAUUUUGUCAUCUCUAAUUCAAUGGGUCAUUUUCAGCCUAUACAUGUUUGGUUUUAUGUCAGACGUGUAUUUUUACCAGCUUCUUUAUGACGUCCGAGGAAAAUUGGGAAAGACCAUUUUCCCCCCUUAACAUAUUGUAUUGGUUAGCAGAUAUAUGAAAGUUUUAGCAUUGUUUGGUAAAUGCAUUGGAUGUUUUUCGAUCUGAUAUUCUCUCCCGUUUACUGCUCUAUUCUCAUGGUAAAGCAGUCUACUCUGUUAGUUUUGUUUCCUUGUACGAGUAGCUGGGUUGUUUUGUUUCAGUUGAUAUUUAGUUUAUCCA